ACAGGCUCAGCUUAUUACUAAUGUAUUGAUGUUGGUCAGCAGAGAAAGAGAGAGAGAGAGCUCUUACCAGAACACUGACACGGGGAGGAGGGAGGAAAAGAAGAAGAGAGAGAGUGAUAGCUCAAACCUGCCCUGUCCACCCCCCCGCCCCCCCCCCCUCAAGCUCGUCCACCUCCCGGCUUCCCCCCCCCUCCUCUUUUCCUCUCCUACUGGCCUCCCUCUCUCCCUGUCAGCAGUCCCCUCCUCUCCUCCUUCCCUCCGUCCCCGCGUGUGAGAGCAGCAUGGAGCCCAGCAGCCCGAAGAAGAUCCAGUUCUCUGUUCCUCCUCUCCAGAACCAGCUGGACCCCCAGGCUGCAGAACAUAUCCGUCGGAGGAGACCGACCCCAGCUACCCUGCUCACCUACCAAGAUCUGGCUGGAGAAGUGGAAGACAAGCAUGCAGCCAGCGGGGUGACAGACGGUUCCAAUGUGUCUCAGAGGAAUCAGAGCUAUGCCCCGCCCACAAUCAAAGAUUUGCAGCAGCACCUUCAGAGGCACGAACAGCCGGAGGCGGGAUUCUGUGAAAACAGUCCAAUCGCAACCCAGCACUUUGGGAACACAGCACAAUGGGCUAAUCACAAUGGGCCUGAUGAGCCCAAUGGCAAUGAGGCGUACCUACUGCUAGCCAAUGAGGAGCUAGCGCUGGGUGAGAGCGAACCUUCCAGCAGCCAACAAGAGAACCUGUCCAGCCCAGAGUAAACUGACCAAGCCCCAGACAGAACGUUCCCUCCCAGAGGAGGAGGAGGGCGGGGCUACCUCCCAGGAUGACUGACAGCUUGGCCAGCCGGCCUAUUAACAGCCCAGCAAACACCGACCCAGUCUGGAGCAGCCAACCACAGCUCCUCCCUGUGGUAGCAGUCCAUUUUGGAGGAGCAUGAUGAAGAUAUUUCCUGGACACAUUCUGUCAGCUACCUAGAUUGAACUAGUACAGCUUUAACUAUAGCACAAUGGAUAUAUCAGUCCAGUCCAAUGCAGUGGCUAGAAUUAGCUUAUCUAGCUUGUAACGUGUCACACAGCUGUAGCAUUAGAAUUAUUAUUAUCUAAUGGACCCUGGCUAGUUGUAGCACUAGCAUAGCUAUUAUUUAAUGGACCGUGGCUAGCUGUAGCACUAGCAUAGCUAUUAUUUGAUGGACUGUGGCUAGCUGUAGCAUUAACUAAUGCAUUCAGUGUCUAAUGGCUGUGAGGAGCUAAUAGAAUAAAGUGAAGUGCUGCUACAUCAGACCAGCUGAGAGGCUUCUGUUUCACUGACUCCUGGGAGACAAUAGUCCAUUACAUGGGUGUGUGUAUGCAUGUGUGUGUGUGCGAGCGAGCACGCGUGUGCAUGUGUGUGUGUGUGCUGAGGUGCCCAUUUCUAGACUAGGAAACUUGACAUACAUGCUCUGCGGUACUCUGUGUCUGUUAGAAGGAAAUAAAGCAGCUUGAACCUU